AUGGAUCCGAGCAUUUUCCCGGACCCGGAGACUUUCAACCCUGACCGCUGGGUAAUGGCUUCCGAACGAGGCGAGAGCCUGGCGUAUGCGGAGAUAUAUAAGACCAUUGUCGUUAUCGCCCACCGUUUCGAUAUGGAGCUGUAUGAUACCACAGCAGAAGAUGUCCGUUUUGCGCGAGACCUCGUGGCACCCCGAGCUAAGAAGGGUCGCUGGAAAGUCAAGGUUAAAGUUAUAGAUAUUGUGGAGGAGUGA